AUGACGAUACGGACAAACCGAGAUCAUGGACAGCAUUAUCGACCUCGAAUGCAAUGUCUCAAAAAGAUGGAGGAGCUGGUUGUGGAGAUGCAGAGUGGGGUGAAGGGCUCGGAUCAGAAGCUGAACGUCACCAGCAUCCCUCAUGUGGUGACUGGUCAGGAUAUCCUUGCAUGGAUCGCCAACAAAAUGAAAAUGGAUGCUCAAGAGGCCCAGGCUCUUGGCACAAUGUUUGUGGCCUAUGGCUACAUCUACCCACUGCAGGACCAUAAGAAGCUGAUCCUCAAACCCGAUGCCAGUCUCUACCGCUUCCAGACUCCUUAUUUCUGGCCUGUGCAGAAGUAUCUUGUUGAAGAUAUAGAUUAUGCAAUUUACUUGGCCAAGAGGAACAUCAGGAAAAAAGGCUCUUUGGAAGUGUACGAACAGGAACGCUACAACAACUUCCACAAAUGGCUGAACCCCAAAUGGGACUUCAUUGUACUGCAGGCCAAGGAGCAACACAAGGCAAACAAGGAGCGGCAGAAGGCAGACCGUGUUGUGUUUCAAUGUCAGGAACGAGCCUACUGGAUUGUACAGCGACCACCUCCAAGAUGUCACAGCGCCAUGGACUGCCUUGACCGCCUGGUUGACCCCGUUAAUUCUGAGCCACAAACCUAUGAUCACUUCAGAAGGACAGCCAUCUAUCUACAUCAGUCCAUGAUGAGACCAAAAGUGAAAUCCACAGUGUCUUUGGGAGCCCUUGUCAAGUACAUGACCACAUACAAGAACCACGACCCUUUCCUGGCUUCCUGCGUUCCCAGCAACCCCUGGCUGACAGAUGACGACACCUACUGGGAGCUCAACAUGCCAAGCGUUGAAGUUCCCACUAAAAUGCGAGUGGAGCGCUGGUCCUUCAGUCUUUUCGAGCUGCUUAACGACCCACGCGGCCGUAAGGACUUCAAGGUCUUCCUGAAGAAGGAAUUCAGCGGUGAGAACUUGGCCUUCUGGGAAGCCGCUGAGGAGAUGAAAUGGGGAUCUGCAGCCUCCAUGGCUGACCAGUCCCAGGCUAUUUUCAAACUUUUCCUGGCCCCUGGAGCGCCUCGCUGGAUCAACAUUGACGGCAGGACCAUGGGUCUGACUGUGAAGGGCCUGGAUCACCCUCACAGAUACGUCCUGGACGCCGCCCAGACUCACGUCUUCCUGCUCAUGAAGAAGGACACGUUUUUCCGGUACCUGAAGUCACCUGUCUAUAAGGACCAGCAGAAGAAAGCACUUGUACCAGCGGCACACGCCUUCAGUGAUGAACAGCUGGCGCAGAACGCCAGGAACCGUAAGCCUGGCAUGGACCCCAUCCUGAUUUGGCAGCAGAGGGAGGAGGAGCGCAAGGCCGCCGAGCUGGCCUCCAAGCCCAUAGACAUCAGCCAGAUCAAGAACAAGCUCGACCGCAAGUGAGCCUGAGGCCACAGGCAGGCAGCCAGGGUUGCCAGAUGGAGCGGUUUUCCCUCCCAUAUGAGCUGUUUUGGGAUGACCA